AUGGAAAACAAACCUCCUGAUUGGAUCUUAUCAGUCAUGACGUGUCUGUCGCUGAUUCGCCGAGCCUCUCUCACGUGACCCUUCCCCGGAAAAACAAACCCCAGCAGCCUCGGCUAGGACAACGUCGUGUUACAGCCUGAUAAAGAGCUCUUCACCCCCCCCCAGCUCACUCUGGUACUUCCGGCGUCUCUCCUCCAUAUUUUUGGGUUGCCGUUUUCGACGUCUCUGUCUCUUAUUUGUCCCGCAUGGAGAAAGAGGAGGCGCUGCGGAGCCUGCUGCAGAUGUCAGCCGCAGUGGCUCAGAUGAACUCGGACUUCUGCGCCGCUGCCGCCGCCUACAUGCGCCGGCGGAGGGAUAUUCUCCGGGCGCUGCAGCGGCUACGGUGGAGGAGGAGGAACCGGCGGCGGCGGCGGCCCGCAGCGGAGCGCCGGUUCUGGGUGAGGCCGGGCAGGAGCACCGCGUGGUGGGACCGCUUCACCAGCGGAGCCGCGGCUCCGGAGGAGUGGACGGAGAACUUCCGCAUGUCCCGAGAGGCUCUGGUGCAGCUCAGCGACAGGCUGCGGCCGCACGUGCAGGGAGAGACGACGAAGAUGCGCGCGCCCGUGGAUGUUUUGACAAAAGUCGCGUGCACGCUGUUCUACCUGAGUGACGAGGGCAGGCUCCGGAAGACCGCGGACGCGUUCGGCCUGUCCCGGUCCUCCGUUUCAGUCUUCAUCAGACAGGUGUGCCGGGCGGUCUCGGUCUUCCUGGGCCCGGACCUCAUCCGGACGCCGAGCAGCCAACAGGAAGUGGAGGACCUGGCGGGGCUUCGGCCGGGCCCACGGGCUGCCGCAGUGCCUCGGCGCCGUGGACUGCACGCACGUGGCGGUGAAGCAGCCGGCGCUGCGGCCCUCGGACUACAUCAACGCCGCCGGGGCGCACUCGCUCAACGUGCACGCUCUCUGCGACUACAAGGCCUGCUUCCUGGACGUGGUGGUGAGGUGGCCCGGGGGCGCGCGCGACGCUCGCAUCUUCGCCGAGUCCAAGCUCAGCGCCGAGCUGAGGGACGGGACGAUCCCACCGUGCCCCAGAGAGCUGCUGCAGGGCGAAGCGCCCGUCCCGGUGUAUCUCCUAGGAGACGCGGCGUUCCCGCUGCGGCCCCGCCUGAUGAAGGAGUACCCGGCGGGCGGCGAGACGCCGGCGGAGCAGCGCUUCAGCCGAUCGUGCGGGCGGCCGGCGCCGAUCCGGACGGCGCUGGGGCGCCUGAAGGCGCGCUUCGGCGCCCUGCGGCGAGCCAUGGACAUCAACAUGGACGGCUGCCGUUCGUCAUCCACGCCUGCUUCGUCCUGCACAACUACUGCGAGGCCAGCGGCGAGGCGGUGAGCGAGCGGAGCCUGAGCGCGGCGCUGCGGCACGAGCGGGACGCCCAGCCGCCCGCCAGCGUCUCCGAGGAGACGGCGGAGCAGGACGCCGAGGGACAGGCGGUCAGACGCGUCCUGACCAAGUUCCUGGACACGUGA